AUUGUGUGUUGUCAUUGCUCUUCACAUUAGGAAAAUAAGUUUCUGAUGGUUCAUUUUAUAGUUAUUACUCGAAUGUCGUGAUGGAUAGAAUACUGAAGGGGAUCAUGAAGUACAGAAAGUGUCACCGGGAAGGCAUGGUGAAGCAAUUCCAACAAGUUAAAGAUCAUCCCGAGCCAAAGGCAGUGUUCUUUACCUGCAUGGACUCUCGGAUGAUUCCAACUAGAUUUACGGAAACGAACAUUGGAGACAUGUUUGUCGUCCGAAAUCCCGGUAAUGUCAUUCCGCAUUCGCAUCAUUUUGUGGACGAAUUUACUAUGUGCGAGGCGGCGGCAUUGGAACUUGGAUGCGUGGUGAACGAUAUAAGGCACGUUAUAGUCUGCGGCCAUAGCGAUUGCAAGGCGAUGAAUCUGCUCUACGCUUUACGGGACAAGGAGUUAGCGUCUCAAACGAACAGAAGAAUGUCACCGCUGAAAGCGUGGCUGUAUGCGCACGCCAGCAGCAGCUUAACGAAGUUUCAGCAUCUCGAAAUCACCGGUUUUCGUGAGCCGAUUCUCUUCCAGGGCGAGAUGUCAUUACGAAAAUUUGUCGCCUACAUCGAUCCGGAGGAUAAAUUCGCCAUUGAAGAUAAGCUGUCGCAAAUCAAUACGUUGCAGCAACUCCAAAAUAUCUCGUCGUAUGGAUUCCUAAAGAAGCGUCUGGAAAGGCACGAUUUGCACAUCCACGCGCUAUGGUUCGACAUUUACACCGGGGAUAUUUAUUACUUUAGCCGAGCCAACAAAAGAUUCAUAGAGAUAAACGAAACAACGGAGCCGCUUUUGCUUAAAGAAAUUAAUAAAUAUUACUCCUAGAAAUCCUUUUUCCAGAUAAUUGCGUAUUUAUAAUCCAACAUAUGGA